UCCAGAGGUCCGGUUUCACACUGAGGCAGACACAAACUCGGUUUAUGCUGUGUGUUCUUUUUCUUUUUCGGGGGGAAAACUCCUGACUAGCGAAUGAGGAAACAAAUUUUGCUCAUAUUCACAUUUAGAGGACUAGUGAGCAAAGGGAAAAAGGGCAAAAAAAGAAAAUGGACAAGUUCAUAUUAAGGAAGGCUGAACCAAAGGAUGUACCCGAUAUCUUGCGACUCAUAAAGGAACUGGCUAAGUUUGAAGAGAUGGAGGAAAAGGUCCUGCUGACAGAGAAAGAGCUACUUGAGGAUGGAUUUGGAGAUCAUCCAUUCUACCACUGCUUAGUUGCUGAGGUCCCAAAGGAUCAGGACUCAGAAGGCUACUCGGUCGUUGGUUUUGCCAUGUACUACUUCACCUACGACCCUUGGAUUGGGAAGCUUCUGUACCUGGAGGACUUCUUUGUCAUGGAGGAGUGCAGGGGCCUUGGGAUUGGUUCACAGAUCAUGAAGGUCCUGAGCGAGACGGCAGUGAAGACCCGCUGCAGCAGCAUGCAUUUCAUCGUGGCGGAAAACAACACCAAGUCUAUCGAGUUCUACAAGAGGAGAGGAGCGGCUGACCUCUCCUCUGAGGAGGGCUGGCGUCUCUUUGAGAUUGACAAGAAUGAUCUGCUGAAAAUGACCGCCAAAUAAGAACUCACCCAUCUCUGACUGACUCACUGUAAUAAUCUAGUGUCGUUUGGUCAGUAUUAAUGAAUAAAUCCACUAAUAAACUGUUACUUUUGGCAAAAAGCAUAUCUGACACAUUCACCUCUAGUUAGAUUUGGACUGACCUCAUGCUGUUUGAUGAAAAACUGCUGAGAUUUUGAGAAUUGUAUGAUUUUAACAUGGUGUACUGCUUCCAGAAACUUUUUUAUACUUGAGAUCAAAUGAAUUUUUUUUUGUUAUAUUUCUGUUUUUUUAAACAUAAUCAUCACAAAUAAUUUUUCUGUGAUUCCUUGUUGACUCAAAUAAUAAUUCACACAAAUUUUGCAUUACUUAUAUCAAAUGUAAUCCAAUGAAUGCAUUUAAUGUUUUCUGACUGAAAUAAUGCCUGAGAUUCUAUUAUUAAACACUAACACAUCCUUAUAAUUGUAUUAAUAUCUUAGAGUGCUGUUUAUUUUUUUCUAAAUCUAAUAAAAGUAGAGCUAUUAUUAAGAUUAAAUGCCUUGAAUUAGUUUACAUCCAUGUAUUUCUUUGAAUUGUUUAUAUGUUAGGAGAUGAUUAUUACUGUAUGUUGUAUAAACUGUCUCAUCAAUAAAACACUUCCUCCUUGAAGAACAGUGGCUUUUAUGGU